UGUCUUUGAACAAGUCUAAGCCAUGUGCAGCAUAGAUUAAACGAAAAACAAGUCGUGACAAAAUCGUUUAUUCCUCAGCACUGUAAAUUUGAGGGAAAAAAAAACAUGUGUGAAAAUAUAUAAUAUUAUACCCCUGACACUAAAAAUGGGGCUCAUCUUCCCAAACUUUCCUUUCCCUGAGAAAAAAAAAUGUACAAAAAGUAUUUAACACGAAUGUUCGUGACGUAUUACACAAGGAAGUGCGUGUUUUCUUCAAUACACACCUGCCAUGGAAUACACAAACAUUUAAAUUGUGAAGAAAAAUGAUUUCAUCAUGUUGUAAAUAAACAAGGAAUGGCAACACAUGGAGACCAACACUAUCAACCCUACCCACCCAAUUCUGUGGAAGAAACAAUCAAGAUCUAUACAGAUUGGGCAAACCAUUACUUGGAAAAAGCUCGUAAUAAAAGGUUCAUCAGUGAUCUUCAACAAGAUGUUUCUGAUGGUGUCCUCUUAGCUGAUGUCAUAGAGGCAGUCACAAAUGAAAAAAUCAGGGAAAUAAAGUCUAAACCAAAGAAUACAGCUCAAAUGGUUGAGAACAUCAACACUUGUCUAACAUUCCUGGCUAAUCUUGGUGUAAGUGUUGAAGGACUCUCAGCUAAAGAUAUAAAAGAUGGGAACCUUAAAGCUAUAUUAGGCCUGUUCUUUAGUUUGUCACGAUACAAACAACAGCAGAAGACACAACAGAAACAGGAACACAAUAAAUGUCAUUCAGGGGAGACAACUCACCAGUCAAGUGGCAGCAGCAAAAACCAGCUCAGUAGUAGCGAUUCACAAUCAAGGCUUCCAUCACCAUUUAAGUCAGGGAAUAGUAAAUGUCCAACCAUAACUAAUCCAUCAACAAAACCAUCAUCCGGUAGUAAAUCAACCAGCAAAUCAUCAGCCGACAAGCAUCUAAACCAACAGAACAACAACCAACAAUCAGCUACAUUACCAGCAGGUUCUUCUUUGAAUACUGUUAAAAGCAGUCAUCCAUCUUCCCGAGCUACAUCACCUGCUGUUCCUGGGUCUGGUAUUCCUACUCCUGGGGGUCGCUCCUUGACAACACCGAGACCAUCUGGAGAAAAACAGCCGAGAGUGGUCAGUACAGGAAGUACCACCUCAACAAGUUCAACUGCUUCAAACAAAAGUACUUCACAGAAAACGACACCACAAAAUAAAAACUCUAUGUUGGAUAAAUUUAAAUUUUUCAAUUCCAAGGACAAAUCCAAGGGCAAAAGUGGAGUUCCUAAAAGCACAUCAAAAACAAGUACUGGUAGUACUGCGAGCACAAGUUCCUCAUCCUUAGCUCUUAGUAGUGAUAGGGAUUCACGAAUCAGUACAGAUACCAGAUCUAGUACUGCUAGUGCAAGAAGUUCAAGUUCUACUGAUCCUGGGGCUAUAAGUUUUUCACCAGAAUCAGAAAGUCCCAAACUUCCACCAAAAACAAAGUCCCUUGGAAAAACUGUCAACAAGAAGGAGCAUCCAUCUACUUUGCCCUUGGCUCAGAAUGAAAAACAUUAUUCUUCUUCCGAUUAUGGAUCUGGAGUUAAAAAAUCAUCAAGUAAAACAGACUUAAAAUCAGGACAAAAAGGAACAAAAAUUGGAACUCUCAUCCCUUCAAAGUCAGCAUCUAAAUCAUCGAAAUCCACGUCAUCAACGCCAACAAGUACAGGGAUACGGACACCGACAAGCAUUCCAAAACCAGGAAAAUCUCGUAGUAAAGAUGAGAAAUCCAAAAGUCAUUCUCAGUCGUCGUCUGCAGCUACAUCACCAUCAGUGUCAGGAGUGCCAUCUACAAAACAUUCAGGAUUAAGUGCAUAUGGGUCACCAUCUGUAGGGUCACAUUCAAAACAACACUAUGAAACAAUAAGUGACCACUCGAAAACAAGUGUGCAAGAUUCAGACAAGAUGUUACAAAUGAAAGGUAGAUACACAGAAAUUGACUAUUCUGACGGGAAAAUAGACCGAGUAGGUGAUGGCCAAUAUUCAAAAGGUAGUUCUAAAAUGUCUGGAUAUCAAAGUGGUAUUCAAAAGCCUUCAGUGAAUAAAGAAGGAAACUUACAACAGACAGUGAAUGUUGUCAAACCAACGUGUUCGGUGGCUAAUACUCAAAUGCAUGCCAUGACUGGCAUAUCUGAUCUCAAUACGCAAUCAGGAAUAAUAAACCGUGCAUUACCUCCGCCUCUUCCAAAGACAGAACCGCCACCUAGGAGUAACACACCGUCAAUGAAAGAUCAUAGUAAUAACUCUUUGCCACAAACCAAAAAAGAUGGUGCUAAAAACGAGAGUCCUGGUUCUCCAUCGGGACAAUCCUCUAUAUCAGGCCAUAAAAGUGAUUCUACAUCGUCAUCGUCCAGUCAUAGUGGACCGAGUGGUAAUAACAGUAACUCAUCAACGGAAAGUGUUAUAUAUCGUCCGUCAGACUCGGGCUCUGAUGUUGGAAGUAUUAGUGCUACAAAUUCACCGAGGCUAGGAUUGAAAGUGUUACAGCCUCAACAACCAAUAAAUAAAUCGGCAAACAAUGUGGCAAUCGUUCAACCACGACACGGUGAAAAAGUUGAAACGACAUUUGAUUCUGAAGUUAGGACGAAAACUGUGAAUAAAGACAAAGAAAAAAGUUCAAAAGAGACUACUUUUUCUGAAAAAGAUACAACGUUCGUGGACGAUUCUGGUGAAGCAAUGGAUAUUAAACCAAUGCAGCCGAUAUUAAGAGCAAUGCCAUAUGGAACAGGAUAUUUACGUGGGUAUACUACUCCACCAGGUAAAAUCUUUCACAAUCCUGGCUAUGCUACACCUACUGCCACUUACUUCGCUAGCACAAGCCGGUUAGGUAUGAAUCGUCCUCUGAUGGAUCAUGGGAAAUUUUAUUCUGGUCCGAUAAGAAAAACGCCAUCUAGUGGAUUAAAUAGUUCUUUUGACGGAGAUUAUAGUUCUGAUUAUGAAAGCUUUGAUUACAUCUCUGGAUAUAUGUCAGAUGGGGAUAUACUAAAAGGAAGUCAAAACAAAGUGGAUGAAAUGAAUUGUGGGUAUAUGAGUGAAGGUGGCGCUUCUCUUUAUGCCAGACGUUUACAGCAGAGGUUCAGAGAAGGGAUGCAAGCUGUUAAAGAAUCUAUGCAGAAAAAUAACGGGAUGAUUGACGACGAUAGACAACAUCACAGAAAGUUUCAGAUGAAAAGGAGGCAAUCUGUACCAAGAUCUGUUCGUUUUGAUGACAGCAGUUCCAUUAGUAGUGGUGAGAUCAGUGAUGCUGUCAAUGAGAUAAGCACAGAUGAUGGAAAUUUAACUGGAGGAUCUUCACAAAGUGAUACUAACCCUUAUCAUAGUCUGAAAAGAGCUCCUCAGAAAGAUGUACGCCAACAAGGACAGUUUCCCGUUAAAAGGGCACCGAACCUCGGAACCAGUGCUUUUAUGGGUUCUGAAUACGGUGGUGAAAGUGGUCCAAUUUCUGGUUGGCGUAAAUACUCACUACCUCAAACUAAUAGACUGCUAAGCAGCGAUCCUGCUGAUUAUGCAUAUCUCUAUAAUAACUAUGAACAGUUACACUCAUGGCGGACUAAUCAGGCAAACCAACUGAGAAAAUUGUCAAACGUAAGUCAGCCAGAAAUACAUCAUUACCGCAGACAUAGUGACGAUUAUGCAAAUAGUGAAACGUCCAAUAAACGGGACUCUGAAACGAACACAGACCAAUCUCAUCUGCUAGAAUCUAGUAUGAGACGAAUGCAACAGGGACGUCCUGGUUCUGGUGGGUCAAUAGGUCAGGGCAUAUAUGGUUACCGAAGACCAGUAAGUAAUACUAGUACGUCCUCGGCUGGAAGUGGCAAAGGUGAAGAGAUCAUUAAGAGUUCAACUGUUGGGAGUAGAUUGGCUAGACAUACAAUAGAUGCCAAUGGUAACCGCAAUGAAAAUGCGCAUGGCAUACCUCGACCGGGGAGUGCUCAGGCUCUACGUUGUACGACACCAGUGAAAACAGAUAUGGGACCCGACGGAUACGGAGCAUCAACUUUAGAGAGACGAAAGAAAGGCAGCAUGUCAAGUUUGAAAUCCUCAAGUUCUGCACAGACUGAUAGUGAAAUAUAUAAAUCUAAUACACUUGGACGAACUAAAAAGGGAUUCGGGAAUGGAAUUGUGAAAGGACCCCCACAAGGUGAAAAUGGAAAUAUGUGUUCUAGUACUAUUAUAUCUAAUCCUCAUGCUACAUACGGUAAAAAUUUCACCAAUGGUAGCGGGAAUUAUGUUGCUAUGGAAUAUGGUAGUCCUAGAAACUCAAAUCAUGGUAUAUGGCUGAAAAGUGCUAAUGGGAAUGUAAAUGCUCCUAUGGGGCAUGUUCCGUCCCAUCUGUCUGAAACUGAGAGUAUGGAUUCCAUAUCAUCGCAUGCUUCUAGUAUCCAAGCACAGAUUCAACAAGCUCGUGCUUUAAGUGGUGCUAGUGCACGAAUCCUAUCCAGAGACAGUUUGCCUGGAAAUGGUAUGGGACUGUCACGGUCCAAUAGCGUCAAAUCUACUCACUCAGAUUCGGCGUAUGCCAGUGCACAGCAAUAUAUGUCUGAUCACGAAGCCUCAUUUUCACAAAUUCCUAGUCCUCAGCCUCCUUCCUCUCCUACACCUAGCAAUAGUUCGUCCUCACGCUUCACGUAUCCCAUGACUGCUUAUGGUAGCCCUAGUGCCUUCUCCAGUCCUGGUAUGCCACAAAACAUGGUGCGAUCCAAUACUCAGACCAGUCUUCCUCCUUAUGGUAGCUUGGCACUAUCUAAGAUCAAUCGGGACGAAGAUGGCAGUCGUCUAACAAAAUCAGCGACUUUGGAUUAUUCUUUUUCUGACUAUGACUACACUUCGGUCCAUGGGUCAAACCUAUCUCUAGUGUCAAGUGCUUCUUCACACUACUCAACGGCUGAAGAGAAACAGAAUGCUGAGGUUCGUAAAUUACGCAGAGAGCUGGAGUCUGCACAGGAAAAAGUGUCAACGCUGACAACGCAACUCAGCACUAAUGCCCAUGUCGUGGCAGCAUUUGAACAGAGUCUUUCCAACAUGACCCACAGGCUUCAACAUCUGACGUCGACCUCCAAUCAAAAGGACUCUGAACUUAAUGAACUACGGACAACAAUAGAAUCCUUGAAAAGACAGAGUGGGUUUAACAUACCGGACCCAAUCAUCAGUCCCAAUGUAGGGCGUCGCCAUACAUCCCCUGGUAUGGUCGCUAAAGUUGAUAUUCAUAGCUCUCCAAACCAUCAACCACAUCAACACCACCACCAUCACCAACAUCACCAAGGAGGUAGGGCGUUUCAUACCCUGCCGAUGCCUGCUGAGGCUCGGAUUACGCGUCAGAUGUCCUCUGAUAGUGUGUCAAGUAUUAACAGUUUAUCAAGUGCCUGUAGUAUGACGAGCCAACAGUCGGCAGCGACAGACGGGGACGCUGGGAAGGGGAAGAAGAAAAAGAAGGGCUGGCUAAGAAGUUCCUUUAGUAAAGCUUUUGCUAAGAAGAAGAAUAGGAAUGGUUCUAUGUCUGAUUGUGAGAUGGAUAUGGGAAGUCUACGGUCCAAUGCUUCAGCCCCUAAUUCUCCAUUGUUACAGGUCCACAUGCCAAAUGGUCCAAGUUUUAUUAAAGGGUCACAUUCAUCAGGAGCGAUUUAUGAAGCUGAAGAUGUGUCAACAGUAUUAGAUUUACGGAAACAACUUCGUGAUAAAGAUAUGAAACUAACAGACACUCGUUUAGAGGCUUUGUCCUCAGCACAUCAGUUAGAACAACUCAGAGAGACAAUGACUAAAAUGAAAAAUGAAAUGAGUGCCUUAAAAGCUGACAAUGAUAGACUCCAACGUAUGAUGGUGGGGUCACGAGGACUAAACUCGUCUCAGUCUUCAUUAAUAGUUCACUCACGGACAAAUAGUGAUUCAUUGGAUAGAUCUAUUAGUGUUCAAGAACAGCCUAGUUUAGGUAUGUUGAACCCUGCCUUAAUUGCUCACUCUAGGAAAAAUAGUGUUUCAAUGGAUAGACCUCAUAGUAUUGAAGAACAACCAAGCUUAGAAAUGUUAUUAUCAGAAAGUCAAGAUCGGGAAGGAAAGAGGGUGACAAUGACUGUCUAUUUAGGUUCUAAACCGAGUCCUUUACGGCUGGGUACAGACGUUCUGAAACCAGCUGAAGUAUUAAUUGGAUCAUUAUCAGUCAGUGGGAAGACAAAAUGGGAUAUUUUAGACAAUAUUGUUAGAAAAAUAUUAAAGGAAUAUGUUUUACGGGUAGAUCCAGUGACUAAUCUUGGUCUAAGUGCUGAAAGUGUUUAUUCAUAUCAUAUUAGUGAAAUCAUGCGGACAAAGGAAGCAGAAUUACCAGAGUUACUGCCCAUUGGUUACUUAGUAGGGGAAACAAUGCAGAUAGGCAUCUGUUUAAAAGGUACCAAACAGAACAGUGUGGAUUCUCUUGCCUUUGAAACAUUAAUACCAAAAUCUAUAGUGCAACGAUAUGUCUCAUUAUUGUUAGAACAUCGAAGAAUUAUUCUCUGUGGACCUAGUGGCACAGGCAAGACAUAUUUAGCCCAGAAAUUGGCAGAACAUUUAGUUCUUAGGUCUGGUAAAGAAUUAACUGCAGGAUCAGUAGCCACAUUUAAUGUAGACCAUAAAUCAGCCAAAGAAUUACGACAGUAUUUAGCCAACAUUGCUGACCAGUGUGAGAACAGUAGCGCUGGAGAAUUACCGAGCGUUAUAAUCCUCGACAACCUCCAUCAUGUGGGCUCACUCGGAGAAGUCUUCAAUGGUUUCCUAAGUGUUAAAUAUCAAAAAUGUCCAUACAUCAUUGGAACAAUGAACCAAGCCACAUGUUCUACAACAAAUCUUCAACUGCAUCAUAACUUCAGGUGGGUGCUUUGUGCCAAUCAUAUGGAACCAGUUAAAGGAUUCCUUGGCAGGUUUUUGCGCCGGAAGUUAGUAGAAGCUGAAGUACGGACAGGAAUUAGAAAUAACGACCUGAAUAAAAUAAUAGACUGGAUUCCUAAAGUCUGGUUGCAUAUUAAUAAAUUCCUGGAAACACACAGUUCAUCUGAUGUUACCAUAGGUCCAAGGCUGUUCCUUACAUGUCCCAUGGAUAUUACAGCUUCACAGAUAUGGUUUAUAGAUCUGUGGAAUUACUCUAUAAUACCUUACAUGUUAGAGGCUGUCAGAGAGGGGCUACAGGUUUAUGGCAGAAGAGCCCCAUGGGAGGACCCCACAGAUUGGAUCAUGGAGACUUAUCCAUGGACUGUAUCCAAGGAAGAAGAUUCUCAGUUACUACGGAUACGACAAGAAGAUGUUGGCUAUGAUACCCCUGGAAUCAUCACUAGCACCCCACAGCCAAAAGCCAAAUCAGCAGAAGCUACCACAGAAAAUGGGGAUCAGCUGGUGACGACAGACAACGGAAAGACGAUGGUGUGAAGAGGAGGCUGGUUGAGGGUCAUAUCGGGGUUGUUGUCAUGACGAAUAUUCUUUUGUUUUGAUAUUGUGAUAUUUAUUUAUUCUGUCUUCUCCUAGCUUGAGUGGACAUAAAAUUGUUAUUGUACACAAAUGUUUUGAUGGAAUAUUAUGGUAUAUAUUUAUUUAUAGAAAGGGGUUUUCCAAUUUGGAUCUGAGUGAAAUCUGUUAUGCAUAGGGUUGAAAAAAUAUUUAUAUAUUUCAAUUCAUAUUAUUUGGCACUAUUAAAGGGAAAAGUUAAAAUAUUUUUAACAUUUUCUCGACCUCAAAAAGCGCAAAAUGAAUAUACAUGGUAAAUUGUUGCAUAUUUUGUUUGUUAAGAUAUCAGUGAAACCUAUUUACACUUAUUCCUUGGUCAUUAAGAAACAAGUUCAGGAGUACUAGUCCCAAAGAAAAAAAAUAUGAAAUAUUUUUACCUCCUCAAAACCAACUCCUGUUAAUUGUGAACAAUGGUUUUAAGUCUUUAUAAGAAUAAAUAGGUUUCAUUAUGCUGGAACAAUGUAGAUUUGUUUUGUGCUUAAGUGUGUCUUAUUAAGAAGUCAAUAUUGGCAGUCAUUACAACAAGCAAAAUAUAAAGAGGGUUUAAAAAUUCUCAACGUUUCAAAUUAUCUUUCUUAUGAAAUUUUUGAAACUAUAAAAUAUGUAAGCAUGUGUAUUGAGUUUUAAUCUUUUGUAGUAAUGCUUAUGUGGCUUGAAAAAGAAGCUUAUAGCAGGAGUUAAACUCCAUUUUCAAUCUUAUGUCUUGUUUAGAGUUACCUCCCCUUUGAACUAUAGAAUAACCUCCCCUUUUUAGUACUGUUUCAGCAGCUUCACAAUGCAAUGACUUAUUAGCUUUGCAAUACAUUGGGGAAACCAUGGUGUGCAAUAUUUAGAGUGAAUUUUAUUACUGAAAAACCUGUUGUAUAUUUAACUUUGAAUUUUAAGUAAUUCAUCAUUUUUUAUGAAUCUCAUGUUAAAAUAAUAAGUAAUUUUAGACUCAUUUUAGACCAUUUAUGAUUAUAACAUUUUUCCAUUAUUCAUGUAAAUGGAUCAUAUGUAUUUAUUCCAUAUUUCACCUGUUCAUUUUCAGAGUCUUUUGAAAUUCACAAGAAUACUUUUCUUUUCUUAAAAGUCCCUAAGCAUUCAUGAUGCUAAGACAAAAUUGAUUGAUAAGUUUCAUAUGUAUCAUAGAAUCAUAUUAGAUUUCAUGUUUAGGCAGAGGUCUCAAGAUAUGUCUUACUUGUUGACACUUUUGGAAAUUUUAGGUUUGUACAGUCUUUACCGGCCUGACAAAUAUUGGACUAAAAACUUCCACUGGAUAUCAUUAUAUUCUUUAUGAAACUAAGGAGAUUGGAUACUAGUCAAACAUUAAAUGUUAUUAUUAGGAUUUAAAAUUCAAAUAUUUUGGCCUCAUCACUGAAUAGACUUUUAAAGGUGUCUAAAUGUGCAUCUUAUGCAAGAAAAUUGGUACAAUCAAACUGGAUACUGACAAAAUGUUUUAAGAUAUGCCUUUUGAAGGGUAUUGAUAUGUACAUUUACUUGAAAAGUUAUAGAAAUCCACAGGUCAUUUCAUUGCUGUAAAAUCAUGUCAAUUUUUAGACAUUCAUCCAUUCAAAAGGAGUUCAAAUGUCACACAUAUGUUGCUGGCUGAUCAUGUGACAGCCACUAUGUAUUUAUAACAUUACUAAAAAUAGAUACUACAGCACUUUUCUGAUACAUUCUAAUCUUUCUGUGAAAGGGGUUUUAUUAUAUUUUUUUCAAAUUUAUCUAUUUCUAUUAAGCACAGUUUUUUUUAAUUUUUAUUUUAGAAAGAUGUAAUUAUUUUUGGAUUUUUUUAUGAGCAAUUUGCUUGAAUAUAUUCCUAGGAAUGAGUUGCUUUCAAUUAUUCGUUAAAUUAAAUGGCUUAGUUUUAUAUAAAUUAACAUAAAUUAAGUCAGAUUUGGAGUAACUUUAGGUGACCAAGAUUAUAUAGAAACUGGUAUAUUGGAGCCAUGCUUAUAUUUUUCAGAGAAUUUUUAUAAAGUACACAUCUCUAAAAAUAACUAUUGUGUCAAAAUAUUACAAAAUUCAUCAAAACUCAAUAAACAUUCCAACGCCAGUCAAUCAAGGUUAUGACCUUGAAUGUAGUAUAUAACUUCAAUCUGACCUUAAAUACAAAUAAAUAAAAAAUAAACUGAAUAUAACUUUUUGGUUUUGGCCAUCUGUAAAGUGUCACUCAUUUACGCAUUGAAUAGGAUUAUUUAUAUAUUUAUUUAUUUUUCAUUUACGUCAUAGAGAAAUCCAUUUUGUGACCAUGGUUUGUAGGUAUUUUUCUCUAGGUGCUGUAUGUAUAUAAAUGUUUGGUAAAUUAAAGCUCAAGUUUAGAAGUUUGUACAUACAUUAUGUAUGUAAAUUUAUUCACUGCCAACUAACAGUGUAGAUCAUGUUAAUUAUAGAGAAAUAUGAAGGUUUUUCAUGUUUGAAUAAAUAUUUAUUUUGAUCAUGUGAAAAA